AGUCAAACUAGCUUAUGCCUUAGCUAUAGAACAGAAGUAGCACAAGUACCCUCCCUUUGUCCGUCCCGUACUCAUCAAGAGUCCAAAAGGCAGAAAUGGAGGUUGAGAGGGAGAAGAAGACGAGGGCGGUUGAUCAUGAAGCAGCAGACAAAUGGGUUCGGGAUUCUUCCGUUGAUCACAAAGGCAGAGUUCCUCUUCGAUCUGCCACCGGUGCUUGGAAAGCUUCCCUUUUCAUCAUCGCCAUCGAGUUCAGCGAGAGGCUAAGCUACUUCGGCAUAGCCACCAGCUUGAUCAUCUACCUCACCAGGGUGAUGCAUCAGGACCUCAAGACCGCCGCCCGCUGCGUCAAUUACUGGGCCGGCGUCACCACCCUCAUGCCCCUCCUCGGCGGCUUCCUCGCCGACGCCUACCUCGGCCGAUACUACGCCGUUUUCGUCUCCUCCAUUGUCUACCUCCUGGGCCUGAUUCUCCUGACCCUGACCUGGUUCGUCCCCAGCAUGACGGCCUGCGUGGGCGGCGGCGCGGCAUGCCACGACCCACGCAAGGUUCACCAACUCCUCUUCUUCCUCGCCAUAUACCUCAUCUCCCUGGGCACCGGCGGCCACAAGCCCUCUCUGGAGAGCUUCGGCGCCGAUCAGUUCGACGACGACCACUCCGACGAGCGCCGCCAGAAAAUGUCCUACUUCAAUUGGUGGAACUUCGGGCUCUGCUGCGGCCUCCUGCUCGGCGUCACGCUCAUCGUCUACGUGCAGGACCACGUCAGCUGGGGUGCGGCAGACGUCAUCCUCACCGUCGUCAUGGCCCUCUCCCUUGUCGUCUUCGUCGUCGGCCGCCCCUUCUACCGCUACCGCGUCCCUACCGGCAGCCCCUUGACCCCCAUGCUCCAGGUCCUCGUCGCCGCCAUCAGGAAAAGGAACCUCGCGCUUCCUUCCGAUCCAGCUCAUCUCUACGAGGUUGCUCAUCCCUCCACAACCGCGCAAACUAGGCCGCUCUGCCACACAGAUAACAUCAGGUUUCUAGACAAGGCGGCAAUUGUCGAAAACAGAGGAAACCCUAACUCCGCCGCGGAAAAACAGAGUCCAUGGAGACUAUCGACGGUGACGAGGGUGGAAGAAUUGAAGCUGCUGCUGAACAUGAUCCCAAUCUGGUUGACGACUCUACCCUUCGGAUUAACCGUGGCCCAAGCUUCCACGUUCUUCAUCAAGCAAUGCACAGUGCUCGACAGGAAGAUCGGAAACAGCUUCCUAAUCCCUCCGGCGUCAAUCUUCGCCCUGACGGCGGUCGGGAUGAUAGUCUCCGUCACCUUCUACGAGAAGCUCCUGGUCCCGGUUCUCAGAAGAGUGAAGGGGAACGAGCGCGGGAUCAAAAUACUCCAGCGAAUCGGGAUCGGAAUGCUCUUCUCUAUUGCCACCAUGGUGGUGGCCGCCCUGGUGGAGAGGAAGCGGCUCGCCGUCGUACACGACAAUCCGGCUGGGGAAGGGUCGCUAUCGAUGAGCGUUUUCUGGUUGGCGCCGCAGUUUGUGAUAAUUGGGAUCGGGGAUGGGUUUACUCUGGUGGGUCUUCAGGAGUAUUUCUAUGAGCAAGUGCCGGAUUCGAUGAGGAGCUUGGGGAUUGCUUUCUACUUGAGCGUGAUUGGGGCGGGGAACUUCAUCAGCAGUGUUCUGAUAACGGCGGUGGAUCGGAUAACGGAGAGGAGCGGCGGGCAGAGUUGGUUCGGGAAGGAUUUGAACGGAAGCCGGUUGGAUAAUUACUACUGGCUGAUGGCGGCGAUAACGGCUGUGAAUUUGGUGGUGUAUGUGGUGCUGGCUCGGCGGUACAAGUACAAGAAUGUGCAGAGGAGUAAUGUUGCUGUCGCGAAUUGUCAGGAGGAAGAUGAGUGGGUGAAUUCGGUUGCUUAAUUGACUGCUGCAAGGAAAAAUGGUGAUAUAGUGCUGUUUGACUUUGGGAUUAAAUAACAGAAAGAAUGUGGUGCUAGCUUGAGGAUCUUGUAAGCUUUUCUUGUCUGUUUGAAUGCUCGAGUCAGAAGGAGAAAAAAAAUGUAUACUAGUAUAUGUCUAAGGUUUUCAAUUUCAGAUGGUCGAAGAAGGUGAACUCCAAUUUGACUCUAGUAGUACUCAACCAUAGCAAUGGAUCUUUUAAACUUUAUGAAACCAUAUUAGAGAUCAUCAUAUCGGUCAUAUUAGCAGUUUAUAAAAUGAUAACUAUAGUAUUAAUCAUGUUGAUGUGACUUGAAUCGACCUAUUCGUCGCUACAACUGGAAGUCACGGGAGUCAGCGAGUGGGGUCCAGGUGCAAUGCCCGCGGUGUAUGUGCUCAAUGUUAUUUGAGUUCGUGUUCUGGGCCUCGUUGUAACCGCUUUUCCUUUACUGGUUUGGAUUAGGGUUAGACCUAGGAGAAGUACUAUAAAUACUUCUCAUACUCCUCUGUAAUCUGUAUCUUCUCAAAAUAUACUGAAACUGGC